UCGUGAACAAUAGCCAGAUCAGAAAUGCUGAUCAAGUCAACUAGUUCCCAAAGAGAGCUCUGAUAGGCCAAUCAGAUGGUUCGCUGCUGCUCAUCGAUAACAGGCACAAGGGUCGCUAGCCCCUGUACCCCAGGAACACACCUGAGCGGUGCGGCGGAGAUCCUGUAAGACAAACAUGGUAUUGAAUGCAGUGAUUUCCAAACUAGCUGGGAAAUGUGUGGUCCUUGCCAGUGCUUCACCACGCAGAAGAGAAAUUUUGAACAAUGUUGGUCUUAGAUUUGAGGUGGUGCCUUCAUGGUUUAAGGAGAGUCUUGACAAGUCUGCUUUUCAAACACCCUAUGAUUAUGCGAAGGAAACUGCAAAGCAGAAAGCCCUUGAGGUGGCAACAAGAAUGCACUUGAAACACUUCAAGACUCCAGACAUCGUUAUUGGCGCAGACACUGUUGUGGGUUUUCAUGGCGAAAUUCUCGAGAAACCCAUAAAUAAGCAAGUUGCGUACAAUAUGCUAUCGAAACUCAACAAUAAUGAACAUAGUGUUUUCACGGGAGUUGCAAUUGUCCAAUGUCUCUGCAAAAGUGGAAACCAGCUGGAGACCAAUGUUACGGUUUUUUAUGAAGAAACAAAGGUGAAGUUUUCAGAAUUGUCUGAGGAACUUCUUUGGGAAUACGUACACAGCGGUGAGCCAAUGGACAAGGCAGGUGGCUAUGGAAUUCAAGCACUUGGCGGAAUGUUAGUGGAAUACGUUCAUGGGGACUUUUUGAACGUGGUGGGAUUUCCCCUAAAUCACUUCUGCAAGAAGCUGGAUGAAAUCUAUAGUUCACUAGAAAGCCAGUGUAUUGCAAGUAACACCAAGCCUAGUGAUCUGGAGAGUGAAUCUGUCAACCACAAGAAGAACGUAGCUGCAGAAAUGAGUCUGAAAUCUGACGAAACUGCACCGAUGGACGAGACACUAAAAGGUUCGGCUUCAGCUCUACCAAACGUUACUGCAAAGGCACAAGAGUUGGUGGAAGUGCACCAUGGUUUCCCAAGGAUAUCUACCCACAUUGAGAUGAACGAGUGCCUCCAUAAAGUUGCAGACCUAGUGGAUGGUUUCAAAGCAUCAAAGGUCUUAUUCACAGCUACCAAACUGAAGGUAUUUGAUAUAUUGAGCUUACAGGGAAGCUUAGAAACUUCAGACAUUGCUCAGAGAUUAAAGACAACAGUGGAUGCGACAGAGCGUCUCUUAGAUGCCUGUGUAUCACUUGGUUUACUAGAUAAAACACCAGGAACAUCACAAUUAUAUAAGAACACAAAAUUUGCCAACAUGUUCCUGGUAUCAGGCUCUGCAAAUUCCAUGAGUGACUAUAUUCUUUAUAAUAAUGACUACAUUUGGCCACUUUUCACUCAUCUGGAUACAGCCAUUAAAGAGGGACCAGGUCAUUGCCUAUCAGCUCCUGGGGGAAAGGCUGAAGACUUAUUUCAGAAUUCAGAACAAUUGUUGUCUCUAAUGUCAGCAAUUAACAAUGUUGUCAAAGUUGUUGGGAAGGACAUUGUCAGGGCAUUUGAUCUUUCGUCAUUUAAAACUGCUUGUGACUUAGGAGAAACUACUGGAGCUUUGGCCUAUGAAAUGGCAAAUGCAUAUCAAGAUAUGGUACUCACGGUCUUUCAUUCAUCAAACUUGUUGGAAAAAUUUAAACCUUUCCAGCAAAAAAAUCAAAGCUCAAGUCGAAUUUCUUUCAAAGAAGGAGACAUCUUCACAGACGACAUACCAGAGGCUGAACUUUACAUUCUCGUAAAUGUUCUUCAUUUCUGGAAAGAAGACAAGAUUAAUCUCCUAUUAAGCAGACUCUCUCAGAUGUGCAAACCAGGAUGCAGCCUUCUCCUUAUGGAGCUUGUGCUGUACGAUCGGAGGACCAAACCGUGCAGCGCUCUCUUGCAGGCCCUCAGUAUGAUGAUGCAGAGCGACGGGAAGGAGAGGAGUGGGUCAGAGUACAGGAAACUCUUGCACAAACAUGGCUUCGCAAACAUUCAGAUCAAACACACAGGAACCCUUCUGGAUGCCAUUUUUUGCAAAAAGCAUUAGAUUUCUAUCUACGUAUUGCAGAAGCUUUUCAAGGUUGGCCUUUAAUUAUGUUCGCCUCUGGUACCCAAUGGGGAAGGGCUAUAAAAUUCAAUCAACUUAGUUAAUGUGUUUUCAAAAUUGCACAUUUUGUAAUAUUAAUUCCUUAUUAAAUAAUUGUUUAAACUUUAAUUUUUGUUCUCAUAUUUCCAUAUGUAACACAGAUGGAGAUCAUACAAUCAUAUCAAUCCCAUUCUUCCAAUUAUUUACCAUCAACUCCCUCCAAUUCUCCUACAACCCAACUACACCAGCAGUAAUUUACAGUUGCCCGCUAAAUUCGCAGGUCAUCUUUGAGAUGUGGGAGGAAACACGGAGUGCCUUUGGUAAAAAUGCCCAUAGAAACAGCACAAGAGAUCAGGGCAUAGCCCUGUCUUUGGAACAAUGAAGCAGCCACACACCAGGUGCCAUUGCAGCAUGGAAUCGUAUACCUAAAACUUUACGCAUGAAAUCUGUAUUGAAAGUUGUGCCAGUGAUGGGAAGCUGUAUGAAACACUGCUCUGACCCCUGAACUCAGUUCUUCAUUCAGAGUUUAAUUACAUUAGGAGAGCCACCAGAAUAAUCAAGGACCCUUCCAUUCUGGUCAUUCCUUCUUCUCUCCUGUCCUGUAGGGCAGAAGAUACAAAAGUGGGAGAGCAUGUAUCACCAGGCACAAGAGGAACUUCUAUCCCAUCGUUAUCAGAUUCUUUAACAAUCCUCUCAUAAACUAAAAGAUGAAUUCUUUAUAUCCCAGUCAUCCUUGUUGUGGUCCUUGUACUUUGUCUGCCUGCACUGACCUUCUGUGAAAAUACAGCACUAUAUCCUGUGGUUCUGUUUUUCCCUUUUGUACCGUAUAGCCUACAUUAUAAUAAGGGACUACUUUAUGUUGUAGUAACACGUAGUUGCAUGUGCUGUUAGGCACGUUUUAAUCUGUAUGUGUGUGUCAAAAUUUGAACACUACCAGUAAAGAACC